CGAAACAUCACCUCUCCACGCUCUCCAGGGAAGCUGCCUGAGCCGCCGAGUUCCUCCAGCACUUCGUGUCUUCAUUUUUGAGUUCUUCCGUCGUUUUCGUUUCUUUUUGUAACAGAUUCCAGCAACUGCAGUCUUUUCUUUGUAGUCUUCGCGCUGUCAAUCCUCAAUUCGCUUGCAACAAAACGUGUCUCGUGUGUGUAUAAAGUGUUAAGGCAACUGUGACUGUCUUCCUGCGAAACCAGCCAGUCAUCUUCUUAUAUUCCAUCUUUUGUCUUCCUUUUUUGGGGCCACCGCAGAAUCUCCUCCAAUCUGCUGACUGGUCGGAUUUUUUUUUCUCUCUCUCUCUGGAAACCAUCUCAGCGGAAAACAUUCCUGCUCAUCGACUCACCCAAGAUACAAAUCCCCAACUCUGAAAACGGCUGAAAUCUUCGAGCUCGCUGGAGACCCGAUAGCCACUUGGAGCUGACCGCUUUGCUACUACAAUUCUCAGGAAGAAGAGUUCCGAAAUGCAGCGACUCUGGGGUUCACUGUGUUCCCUGCUCGUGUGCACCUCGAUGCUGAGCUGCUGUUGCCUCUCGGCACCUGUAGAUUGUCAUCAUGAACAAAUGAGACUGAGGGCUCAGGUGAAAGCUCUGGAACUCAGGAUUAAACAGCAACAACUUCAGAUUGAGGCAAUCUUGAGAGAGAGAGAAAACCAGAAAAACAUUGAUGUAUCAGAAGAUGAUGAAUCCCUCAAUGAAAUGGAAGGAAGAAAAUACUUUGCAGAUUGUGCAGAGCUGUACAACGGUGGUAACAGGCAUAGUGGAUUUUACCGAAUUCAGCCACUGGCAUCACGUACAAGCUUUCUCGUGCACUGUGACAUGACAGAAGGUGGUGGCUGGACUGUCGUUCAAAGACGAACUGAUGGCAGUGAAAAUUUUGACAGGGUUUGGUCUGAUUAUAAACGAGGAUUUGGAAACUUCCAAUCAAUCAAUGGUGAAUAUUGGUUAGGAAAUGACAACUUGAAUUAUUUAACAUCACAGGGAGAUUACACAAUGAAAAUCGAUCUUACUGAUUGGGAAGGUGAUAAACACUACGCUCAAUACAAACACUUCAAAGUUCAAAAUGAGCAGAGUUCAUAUGUUUUAAGCUUUGGCGCCUACACUGGAACUGCAGGGGAUUCACUGAGUGGCACUUUUCACCCAGAGGUCCAAUGGUGGGCCAACCACAACGGCAUGAAGUUCAGCACAAAGGACAGGGACAAUGACCGUUAUCAUGGCAACUGUGCAAAGGAAGACAAGGGUGGAUGGUGGUUUAACAGAUGUCACUCUGCUAACUUGAAUGGACAUUAUUACAAUAGAGGACCUUUCAAUGCAAAUACAGAUGACGGAAUUGUAUGGUACACAUGGCAUGGAUGGUGGUAUUCACUAAACUCCACAGUCAUAAAGAUAAGACCUUCUGAAUUUGUACCUUCAGAAUGAAUUUUCCAAUUUUUUAUCAAAUUUGACUAAAUUUGUAUUAUUGUACUGUAAUAAUUUCUCUAAGUAAUGCUUAUGCACAACAUUGUACAUUAUUCUGCAUAGUUAUUCCUCCAACAUUUCACAUGGCACAAAACAUUAAUUGGUAAAAUAAUAAUGCAGUCCAUUUGGUAUUUUCCAUUAGUAGCAGUAUUUAACAUUCAACGUGUAUCACAAAGCGAACAUGUAUUAUUAUCUGAGUAGGGUUAUCUGAUUUUGGUGUGUGGAGUAGGUUGUUUUAAUGCCAGGUAUGUGUUACAUUAUUCUACAGCAUGACACAUAAGACAUAUUGCCACAUUUUAUCUGUUUUUCCAUAAAUAUAUUUUAAUUCAAACAAUCAA